AUGGCUUGUUACCUGGUCAUCAGUUCGAGACAUCUCAGCAAUGGGCACUACCGGGGCAUUAAAGGAGUCUUCAGAGGUCCCCUUUGCAAGAAUGGAUCGCCUUCUCCGGAUUUUCCAGAAAAGGAGAAGUCCACAGGAAGGGCCCUGGAAGACAUGAAGGCAAACUUUUACUGUGAAUUAUGUGACAAGCAGUAUCACAAACACCAGGAGUUUGACAAUCACAUUAAUUCUUAUGACCAUGCCCAUAAACAGAGAUUGAAAGAAUUAAAACAACGAGAGUUUGCUCGAAAUGUUGCCUCUAAGUCCUGGAAAGAUGAGAAGAAACAAGAAAAAGCUCUUAAAAGACUUCAUCAGCUGGCUGAGUUAAGGCAACAGUCUGAAUGUGUUUCUGCAAGUGGACCUGCAUACAAAGUUCCCAGGGUAGCCAUAGAGAAACAACUCCAGCAAGGAAUUUUCCCAGUUAAAAACGGCAGAAAGAUAUCAUGCAUGAAGGGUGCUCUUCUACUUAAAGGAAAGAAUCUCUGCAGAAGCAUGUCCGAUAAACAGCGGUCUGCUGUGCCAAAUCGACACCAAUUACAGACAGAUAGACGUUAUUUAUUUGGUAAUCGGGUACCACAAACAUCUGCAGACCUCAGCAAUGGAAAUCACAGGACAGGCGUAUCAUUUUCUUUUUCCAAAAAGGUCCAUCUAAAAUUAGAAUCUUCAGCAUCAGUGUUCAGUGAGAAUACAGAAGAAAGCCAUGAUUAUAACAAGUCAUCUGUCUAUAAAACAAAACAAAUCACAGAGAAAUGCAAAUGCCACAAGUUUGCAGAUGAGGAUACACACCUUACUAAAGAAAAGGAUAUAAACAUCUCACCAAGCCAUCUGGAAAGUGUUUUACACAAUACCUUCUCCAUAAGCUCUCAUAUUUUGCAAGGCAAAAAUGACUCUAUUGAUGAAACACUGGAAGAUUCAAUUGGAAUUCAUGCUUCAUUCUCUAAACCAAACAUUCAUCUUUCAAAUGUGGAUUUUACUCCUCCCGGCAAAGAAAAGGGAACUAGAAAUACAUUGAAGAACACUUUAGAAAACUGCAUUAAUCACUCAUGCCAAACAAAUGCUUCCUCUAACCCACCAAAAAUUUGUAAGCACAGUGAAGCCAGAAUAUUUGAAUGUCUGGAUGAGUUUCCAUCCCCAGAGCCAAGUGAACAAAACAGCACCGUUCAUCUGAAUUCCAACUCUAGAAUGGAGAAUGCACAAAAAUCGUUCAAUGAAGCAGACAGAAUUAGCAAAAAUGUGCAAAGACUUGUAAGAGAAACAUGUCCCCAGGAUAUGAGGGCCAAACCAUUGCCUUUUCUCCAUGUACAGAGCAAGGAUGGCCACUCCACUCUCCAGUGGCCUACAGAACUUCUGCUCUUUACAAAAACAGAGCCUUGUAUCUCUUAUGGCUGCAACCCAUUAUAUUUUGAUUUUAAGCUUUCUCGGAACACAAAGGAUGGCCGUGAUCCAGAGGACUUAAAAACAAAACUGAUGAAGGAGCCCUUGGGAAUGAAGACUACAAGAGAGAGCCAAGUCUCAGGUUUAAUCAAAGACCAACAGAAAUUGAUCCAAGAAGAGAAUCAGUCUCUCAAACCAAAGAUGAUGAUAGCUAAUCCUGAUUGGGAAAAUUUCCAGAGGAAAUAUAAUUUGGGCUGUAAUGAUGCAGAGCCAAAUAUGAGGAAACAGAAAUUCCAUGCAAAUGAUCUGGAAAUGAAAAAUCCUGAAGUGCCUGCUUACCUUGAUAUCUCUCUAAAGAACUGUUUAGAAAACAGUCAUAGUGAUGGUGAAUUUCAGGAACUUUCAAGGGCUCACUGGCAAAGCUGCCGAAGGAUAGUUCUAAAUGAUGCAAAGGAGGACAUAACACUUUCUCCUUACAUACCUAGGACUAACAAGCAUAAAUUGAUUUCCUGUGAGCCUCAUUCAGAUUUUGAAGAUAGAAAUCAGUUCACUUGGAAUUCUGGUCUCUACACAGUAGGGGGUCACAGUGAUGAUGGGGAGGACUUCAGUGUGAUUCUGAAUAGUAACCACAUCAGCAUGACCAGCAGGGUUUCUAGAUGCAGAAACCAACAUUACAAGAGAUGUUCUAGCCCUUUAGACACAUCUUCUGGCAGCACAUACAGCCUGGGAAGUACUUGUUCAAGUCAUAGAUCCAGUGGAAAUCGCAGCAGUAAUUGGCUCUACUUUUGUGAAAGAGAACACAACUCUGCUGAAAGACACAAACGGAAACGCCAGAGGCACAGCUGCCUCUACUUGUCUGAUGACAGAGCAAAGAGCGAGUUCCUGCCAUCGGAAACACAGAGAGAAAGGAGCCUCAAAUUGUGGGAAUCGUUUAACAAUGAAAAAUACUCGAAACAUACAUAUGAUCACUGUAAAGAAAGAUGUAAAUUGGAAAAAAAUCAACAGUUUUCAGGGCCAAGUUCCAGGAGAAACACCCGUUACCAUACUAACUCACAAAUUGUCUGUGCUAGGAAUGGUGAAAAACCACCAAAUUGCCAAGGACCUCACCACAGUAGACUGGGCUCUCAUUCAAGAAAGAGAAUGUAUUACUUAAAUAAAAGUGAAAGAAGCCAAGACUCUUUGGACAGCACUCACAUUUGUGAUCUGGGAAAAGUGAAGCCCUUGAAGUAUAACCCUGAAAAUAUCAGCUACCUUCUAGGAAACUGUCCCAGCAGCCUUUCAGAAACCACAGAGUUGUCCAUUGGAGGAGAGAGGACCCCCCUGACAGCCAAAAGCCUUUUAGAAAGAGUGCAAGCCAAGAAGCAUCAGGAAAAAUCAACUCCUGUUGUGGUUUCUUCAAACAGCUGUAAAAAUGAAUCAGAGUCUCGUUCCCAAAUCCAGUGCACAAUUCAAUUUACACCACCAGGCUGUCACCGACAACCACGGCCUCUGUCUGCAGAAACACAGAAUACAAGUAAAAGGAGAAAUGAUAAAGCCAGUGCAAUUCAAAGAACUACUGAGAGAGACAAAGUCAAAAGUUCACAGACAAAUAAUUUUACUGUAUUGGUUGACACUGAUUAUGACAACCAUCUUUCUAAAGGUCUAAUUCAUGUAGUAGCAGAGCCUACGGCAUCUGAGAACCCAACAAAAGAACAAUCAAAACCUUUAAUGAGUGAAGUCCAACCUUUUCUUCAAAGCUGUGACCCAAUACCGACUGAUUUCCCUGGUGCUUUUCCACCUAAUAGAUAUACUGUCGUUACUGAUGCAACAGAGACCAAAGACCAAACAAAUCUAGACUUACAGAAUGUGAGCAUACAUAGGAACCAUGUAGAGGGGAACACAGACUCUUACUAUGAUACCGCUAUGCAGAAGCAUGAUGGAACAGAAGGUGAAUUAGAAGUGUGUCACAAGCCCCCGUCUCCCCCUUUAAUUCAACAGCCUAUAAUCUUUUCUCCUGAUGAAAUAGAUAAAUAUAAGCUCCUGCAGCUACAAGCCCAGCAGCAUAUGCAGAAACAGCUUCUCUCAAAGCACCUCCGAGUUUUGCCUGCUGCAGGGCCGACUGCCUUCUCUCCAGCCUCAGCGAUACAGCCAGUUCCGGUCCACCAGCAUGCUUCCAUCACGACCAUCCACCACACCUUCCUGCAACAUUUUGCUGUUUCUGCCUCCAUAAAUUCUCACAGCGGUCACCUCCCGUUAGCCCAUCUACAUCCUCUUUCACAGUCACCUUUUGCACCUUUCACAUUUUCACCUCUGACCCCAACCAUCAUCCCUGCACACCCCACUUUCUUAGCGGGUCAUCCCCUGCAUUUAGUCACUGCUGCCCCCUUCCACCCAUCUCACAUCACACUUCAGCCUCUACCCCCAACAGCAUUUAUCCCCACAUUGUUUGGUUCCCACUUAAACCCAGCCACAACGUCUAUCAUCCACUUGAAUCCUUUAAUGCAACCAAUAUUUCAAGGUCAAGAUCUUUGCCAUCAGUCUUGCUCCAGUCAGAUGCAACAGUUAAGUGAAGUGAAAGAGGCAUUAAGUGUGUCAGCACACUUGAACUAA